UACCUUGGCAACGAACUUAUUCGCAAAUCAGCAAGAUUGUUCUUGUUUGCAUACAUUUUUAAACAAAUCAAUUUGAUCGAUAUUAUCACAUUCGAAAAAGGAUCUAACUACUCGAUAUUGUUUGGGAUUUUCAUCCCGAUUGAUAAGGAUGCAUUUAUAAAUGAAAUGUUCAAUGACCAAAUUUACUCAAAUGAAAAAAUGGCUCCAGUCAGAAGUGUGAUUGCCCUUUUGUUCUUCUGUUGUGUUUUCAAAUACACAGAGCCAGCACCUCAAUACGAUGAUUACGUGUAUUCAGACGAAGAUCAAACGCCUGUAUGCGACGAGAGUAAUUGCAAGCUACCACAAUGCAGCUGCUUUUUAGCCCAACCUAAAGUGUCUGUACCGGACAGGCCACAGUUCUUGAUGAUAACUUUCGACGACGCCAUUACUGUCGCCAACAUAGAAACUUACAAGAAGAUUGCCGCCAAAAAAGUUCCUAUGACAUUCUUCGUGUGCCACGAGUACAACGAUUACAGCCUCACUCAAAAACUUUACAACGAGGGGCACGAGAUAGCGGUGCAUUCCAUCAGCCACGAGAGCAACACGGAUUUAUGGCGAGAUGGUAACGAAACCAAGUGGAAGCAAGAGACGGCUGGCAUGAGGACCAUGUUGGUGACCUUCAGUGGCCUCCCGCAUGGUGAAUUGGUUGGGCAUCGAGCACCCUUCUUACAGACAGCUGGAGACACUACUUUCUCUGUCCUGAAGAAAGAAAGAUUCCUCUAUGACUCCAGUAUGCCCAGCAGGAGCUAUAUGGAUCCGCCCAUAUGGCCGUAUACCUUGGAUCAUGGAUAUGGUCAGGACUGCCAGAUAGAGCCUUGCCCUAAAGGAAAUUUUGAGGGUUUGUGGGAGGUUCCAAUGAUACAGUACCAUCGGUGGUCCAAAGAAGGAGGAGAUUUCUUUUGUUCUAUGCUGGACGCUUGCACACCACAACCCGAUACUGCAGCAGACACCAAAGAUUUUCUCAUGAAGAAUUUCCUCAGACAUUACAAAUCGAACAAGGCUCCAUUUCCCAUCUUCCUACAUGAGGCAUGGCUACGUAAUAAUGCUCGACUACAAGGAUUCUUGCAGUUCCUAGACGAAGUAUUGAAAAAUCCAGAUGUGAUCGCAGCCACACUCCGGGAUGUAGUGGAAUACAUUCGGAACCCCACUACGUACAGGGAGUUUAAACCCUAUAAACACUCACCACCGAAGUCUUGUAACAAAGUCGAAAUUUGCAACUACAAGGAACUUUCACGUUUUAUGAAAAGUUGCGUCAUGUGCCCCAAGUAUUACCCGUGGGUGGGCUCACCCUUGGGUAAAGUACCACCAAAGAAUUUCCCCAACUUCGAAAGUCUCUUUUAGUAAACGCACUCAAUGUCGUAUCUUUCUGAAAGUCAUUAUUAAUAAUUAAUAAGUUCGCUUUUACUGAAUUGCAUUUUUAAUUGCUAUAAAAGAAUGUCAAACUAGAAACUUGAAGUGACUUAACCUUCAUGCUUUUCAGCACCUUGCACGAUCAGAGCACAGUGUACUGAACUUGGCAUUUGCAAGAGCUUGAGCUUUCACCCAAUAUAAGAAAUGCAUUAGUUCUUAUGUGAAUAACAAUUUAUCUUGAUGUUUCUUUUUAUUAAUUGCAUUCAUUCAGCCAUAUUCUUUUAAAAAUAUUUUACAAGCUGUUGUAAACCUGUUUUAAAUAAAUAUUUGAUGCAUUUA